AACCUCAUAACUUCUACAAACUACCCUAUUUUUUGUGGUCUACAAGAUUACAAAGGUACAAAGAAAAGUUUGUCAGGAUUUUGUUUUAGCAUUCGUCCAAGACCAGAAAAAUGGAUUUGUCGAAAGUCCCAAAUGAGAGGAAAUUAUAUUUGUGCCGAUGGUAUUUUCGAGCUGGUCUAGCGCUUUUGCCGUUUAUAUGGACAGUAAAUGCGAUUUGGUUUUUUAACGAAGCAUUCAGAAAACCAGAAUAUGCUGAGCAAAAGCAAAUACGCAAAUAUGUUGUCUACUCAGGAAUAGGUUCUUUGAUUUGGGCUGUUAUUAUAAUUACGUGGGUGACAAUAUUUCAGAUCAACCGAACAAAUUGGGGAGAAUUUGCUGAUAAUAUAUCGUUUAUUAUACCUACAGGAUCUCCAUAAGUUAUUUUAUUAAUUCACAUAAUUAUUAUUUUUGUAUUAUAAACGUAUUUAAUGACUGA